CUCAAACUUCAAUGUCACGUUAUUUUGUAUUCGUCUUAUAAUAUAUGUUUUAGAAGAUUAUAAUAAUAAUUUUUAACUAUGAGCGAAAGUCUGAGUAGUGUUACGAAGACAGUCACCGAGACCGUUGAUACGGAAUCCACUGAAGACAAUUUGGUCGUAGACCGCUGGACGAACAAUAUCAGUUACCGCCAGUUGGUGAUGUCAUCAUGUAUUGGCAUCGUACAAUUGUGGUGGCAACCUUACAUUCACGACUUCCGGAAAUUAGUCCCCUUCCUUUUCCUCUAUAACGUGUUCAGUGUAUUCUUUGCCUACCCCGCUUUCUAUCUGGAGCUUGCUCUCGGUGUGGUGACAAAGAAAGGCGUUCUUAACUGCUGGGAUUUGGCUCCUGUGGCCCGAGGUCUGGGUCUAGCGAUGUUAAUAUUAUGUACAUUUACGGCGUUGUCUCUGAGUGCUGUGAGUUCAUGGUGUUUGGCGCUGGUAGUUCAUUCGUUUCAUUCGUUUUUACCUUGGCUUCACUGCGCUUCAACGGCUAAUCCGCCGUGUGCAGCUCGACAUAGACCGCUACCAGCUGGUAGUGAAACCCCACCUCAGUCUUUCUUCUUUAACUUUGUUCUGAAGUUGAAACGUGACGGACUGCACGGGGGUCUAGGCAGUAUUGUAUCAGAAUUAUCCGUUUAUUACGUCAUAUCCUGGAUACUGGUGUACUUCAUUGCGUGCAAGAAAAUCUAUAGCUAUUCGAAACUGGUGCUCUUCAAGGAUUCUUUAGCGUUUUUCGUUUUGGUGUGGAGUGCGUUCGGUGUAAUCAGAUUGAAGGGAUCAUCGCGUAUGUUUUAUGAUUGCGAUUGGAAUGUUCUCUUUGAAAGUUUUCAGAUUUGGCGAGAGGCUUUGGAAUUUGCAUUUAUUCAAAUGUCGGUAUCCCAAGGCACGCUCAUAAUGUUGGGAUCCUAUUGUCCUAAACAGAAACGUAUGCUUGGGAAUACAUCAGUAUUUGCUUUCGGCGUUUCUAAAAUCAGUUGUUCAGCAACGGCUCUUAUUCUUGGAGGUGCCCACGGCGCUUUGAAUUGGGAUUAUGACAAUAACAGCACUCACAUUGUGAAAGGUUCUUCCGCGUCCAUUAUAAUUUGGGCAGACUUUGUUGCAAGAGCACCCGGAAGCCAGUUUUGGUCGAUUUUGACUUUUUUUACAUUGUUUGUUUUGUCCGUUUGCUCAACGGCAUUACUCGUCCAAACUAUUAUGUCAUCUUUUACUGGUAGAUCCAUGAGAAAAAUUAGCUGGACCUUUCUUAUUCUGUUAUGUUUUCUGUUUUCAUUUAUUGGUAUCAUUACAUUAUGUACUCAAGGUGGACUGUACAUUUUGAAUUUCCUUUUGACUUGGCCUGUAACAAAACCGCGAAUUCCUAUCGCAGCAGUCGUGGCCUUCGUAGUGACGUACCAAUAUGGACAGAGUACAUUUUGUGAGGAUGUAUUUUAUGCUGUGGGGGAAUACCCUUGUGUAUUUUUAAGAGUCUGUUGGGCCUUGACACCGAUUUUCCUUUUGAUAACUUUUGUAUCUGGCAUGGCUUCGUCGCCUGUGCCCGAGUCAGUCGCCGGCUGGUCGUUAGUGAUGACGUCACUACUGCCAUUGGCCGUAUUAACGUUCCUUUUCCUCGUUUAUAAAUUUAGAGUUCGGAAUAUCGUCGCUACGGAGAAGUGAAUAUUGAUAAUAAAAAUUUAUCAAAUAAAACAAAACUAUUCAGAAUGA